ACAAAAUAUAGCGUCAUUUAUAGUUCAAUUUUGUUUUGGAAUAUUUUUCUUGGAUUUUAUCAUGAAAUUUAGUAUUUCGCAAGUAAAUAUUUUGGUUACAAAACGAACUUUGUCAGCAUUAUUUUGUUUUGGAUUAUUUUAUUCUAUUACAAUUAAUUAUAACUAUCUUUACCGUGACAUUCGCUUCAAAAGAGUAGCGCUUAUUCCCGAUACAAAUAAGACAAAAACAACAUUCAAAUUCACGCCAACAUCAGAUGGAAAGGCAUUUCUUACAUCUGCUAUAUAUACUAAUUUAUCAAACUGUGUAAAUCCUCAAUAUGACAUUAUUGUAAACGGCUGGGAAUAUCAUGUCAACAGUCAUCAUUUCACGUGUUGCUUUCGUUUAAAAAAUGGCAAUCUGCUAUCUAUUAAUUCGAAUCAGAAAAUGUCUCAUAUAUAUGCAAAUAUGCCACUUCGCAGAAUUCAAUAUAGAUGUCCAGUUCCAGUAGAGGUCAACUUGAUUGAAUACGUAUCAAUUAUAAAUGAUAUGAAAGCUACAUGUCAAGAGGACAUAUCAUAUUAUGUACAAGUAACAUUACCACUUGGUUCAAAUGACACUACAAUAGCUAUAUGCUCUCUUAUAUCGUAUCGAUCCCAAGAUGCUGCAAUAUUAGUAGAGUGGUUUGAGACACAACGUUUACUAGGUGUGGAUAAAAUUUUAACAUACACACAGGAGCUAAACAGUGAUGCAGUGCGAGUGCUGGACUAUUAUGAAUCAAUAGGACUUGCUGAAGUGAUACGAGAAUUUGAUAUGCCAGAAAAAGACAAAUAUCCUAGACUUAUUGGAGAUCAGAAUGCAAGGCAAUGGACUGACAAAGAAGUUGUUUCCCUUGAUUGCAAUUCAAGACUUCUUGGAUUUAAGUAUGUCAUUAUGUGCGACAAGGAUGAGUUUGUGGUGCCAAAUAUUACGAAGUUUGGGUUUUCAUUAAGGAAAUCCCUGGAACACAUUUUUGAUAAAUCAACUGCAGGCGUUCAGUUAAACCCAAAAUUGCAUGUCACAACAUGGGAACCUUACAACCGAUCAAGUACUUUGUUUAUCAGCAGAUAUCGUAAUAGCACUACAUCAGUUUCCGACAGACAUAAAUACGUAUACAUGCCUGAACGUACGGUUGUCGGAACAACAACUAUUCACGGAUUUACGGCAUGCAGGGGAUAUAGAAGACAUAUCGCACAAUCAACUGUUUUAGACUUUCAUCAUUAUCGGUCUUGUGCAAAAAGUUUUGUCAAAUACCAGUCGGCUCUAAACAGUGGGCAAAAGCAAACAGUUGGAGAUCUAUGUGCAGAUUUCAGACAAUAUUCACAAGACGACAUCAACGUUAUUGGUAAACAAAUUGAAAAGAAUGUUCUCAAAGUGAGAGAACAAUUAGGUAUUACAUAUCAAUAGUUAUGAUAUAUAAUGACUUUAUUUUUUUUAUAUUUCAAAUCACAAUUGUUUGUUCGCAGGAGGUUUUGGCUAACCACAAAAAAAGGUUCAGCCCAACAUGUCUUGUACUGGCUGUUGUAUUUUGUUUCAUUUCAGUGUUUCUGUUCGAUUCAUAAAAGAAUUCUGUCGAAUCAGUAUGAUCCUAACAUCGUAACACAGUACAUGAUACAUACAUGUGCAUUCUGUAUAAAUAACUCGUCGAAAUAUUGGCACACAAUGUUAGAUCUGUAUAUUUGCUUGGAUUUGAACUCAUACUACUGAGAUAUCGUGGCAUCAAAUCGCCUUGCACUCUUCCCGACACGCUAGAACACCUAUGCUUUACACAAUUAAUAAAGCUUUUGAUGGCUGGAUGUUAUAUGUAUUUUUAAAAAUUAACGCCUAAAAAAGGGUAAAAACAACACAGAAAUAGAAAAAAAGGGAACAUCAAAAGUAAAUAUUUUUGAAGAUUUUGGAUACUAGAAAUUUUUAAUCGGUACGAUAACGAUGUAAAAUAAAUUAUAACAAAUCUUGAAAUAUAUUUAAUAACAACCUAACACCGCAUCGCUUGUAUAUUUCUAAAAUUUCAUAAAUGACGUAGGUUAUGUAAUAACAACAGAGACUGAAUACAUUUAGGUAAACUUUCAGCAGUGUGAUUAUGGGUAUUUGAACCAGGUUAGACAUUUUGUAUUGUUCCGGCCGGUUGUAAGUGAAUUGGAUGUUCUUGUAUGAGUCGACGGUCCUUUACUUUUCGUUUUGUGUCUUUAUUGCUAGGGUGUGCUAUGCGUGGGUUGAGGUUCACACCGUGCGGAGAAAAUGUUUUGUUUUAAGUGUGUGCUUCUUUCGCGUGUGUUAAUCGGUCCCGAUAAGGUUGUGUUACCUAUUUCAAAGUCUAUCCAAAUAAUUUUAGCAAAGAAUCCCGAUCAAGCCGGUACUAGGGGCCUUUUUUGUUGUACGUGUACAUAUUUUGUGCCAUGGAUAAAUACACCAUAGCCUUUCAAGUUUGUUUCCGUGACUGGACGUGGCAGUGAACUUAUACAUUGUACAUCCCACAAGAAUAUCACACUAUAAUAUAAAUAUGUAUAAACUAGAAUUUUAGAGUUUACAAAGGUAACGAAAUAGCAACAGAGACUGCGUAGUAAUAUGAUAUAUCUCCCAAAUGAACUGCAUUGCAUAUUUCGAUUUGGAAGGUGUGACUUACGUUCAUAGUCGUUACCAUGGCUUUUAAAACAAUUUGAACUGGCUGUUCUGACACACCAACAUACUGUUUAAAUAAACUCAUCAUACAUACCAGGACUAAAUUGUAUAUAUAUUAUACGCCAGACGCUUGUUUCGUCUUCAAAAGACUCAUCAGGGACGCUUGAAUCCAAAAAAGUUAUGUAUACCCAUGGAAAAAAGUAAAACCAAAUUAAAAUUGAAAUUAAAAAAACACUCUUUAUUUUUUUCUUAAAUAAUUUGUUAAAAUAGAACUAGUUAAACAAUAUUUAAAUAUCACCUGAGUUUGAUCAUUAAUUAUCGAUUCGAUAAGUUCUUAUCUGCACAUGCAGCUACUGCACCCGUAAACAGCAAAACAGUUGUUUUAAUUCUCAUUGUUUUCAACACUUUAAAUAACCAAGUUUAUAAAGUUUUGUGAUUGACACCUUGUAAUGGGUCCUCCGCAAUCUUAACCGCAGCAAACUGGCAUUUUAUCAGCAUGAGAGAAGCAGGAAUGUCGCUGGACAACCGCACGUGUUGUCGGUCAUCACUUUUCCACUAUUAGUCGUUUUGAGAAUAGAAAUCAUGCAAUAAACGAUAUAAAAGACUAUCCGAGACCAAAAAGACCCCCUAUGCCAUCUGCUAGGGAAAAUCAAGCAUGAUGAAGCUUAGUUAAAAAGAAACCCAUUGCAUACAAUACAAACCUAAAACGAGAGUGGUGGGCAUACAGGAGCUUUUUAACAAUAAUUGUUCGAGAUCGACUCAUCUCUACUGGUUAUUGUGCGAUAAGACCAUUUCGGGGACCUUUGAUUACGAACAGACACACAUUUAUUUGUAUCCAAUGUAGUGCAGAGCUCGCCAAAAUUGGAAAUAAGCAUCGUGGAGGAAGAUCCAUUGUUGAAAUGGAAUUCUGUUUAUCUUCCUUGGCCCGAUCAUAGCCCGGCUUUGAACCAUAUCGAGCAUAUAUGGGACACUAUUGGGUGUUAUGUGCGCGAAAGGACAUCCAGUCCAAACACGUGAUGAAAUAAACAAUGCCCUUCAACAGAAAUGGUCGCUACCUAAGCAACAAAUAAAUCGAUUUAUGACAGGAAUCAUAAGACGUUAAGUGUCGGUUGACCGUUUGAAUGGAGACUGUGAACAAAGUUUUUAUUUUUUGGCGUAUAACGAUCAACCAUGAUGUGAACAAUUAUCUUAAUAUUAAUUUUGAAAUGUCUGACAUUGCAAAGUUCGACUUUAGUAAAAGUUGUAAAAUGCAGUUUUUUUGUACAAAUAACACUUCAUUUUGUUUUUACACCUGAGGUUAGAUAAAU